GGUGUCACAGCUGCUCUCCCGUAGAGGUGAAGAAAAACUCUAAAUUCCACCGUUUUCCACUUUCUCUCCGAAAGUUUUCCCUUCUGGCGUUCGUUAUUCGAAGGAUCAAAGACGCGCGCGAGUGUUCUUUUUCUGAUUUCACACCUCUAGACCCUCAAAUUUUCACCGCCGAAAUCCCCCACCUUAGAUCGUGCGAUCAUCAUCAUCAUCACGAGCCAAUUCAACUGCGUACAUCAUCCACGGCUAGAAACCGCAAUCACAGACACGCCAAAUACGAAAUCUCAGCGCCGUUGGUAGUUCCUGCGAAGCGAAGCACACCGCCCGGGUCGCGUCCUUCAAAGGCGCCCUCGCCCUUGCCAACAAGACUUUGGUCUUUUCGUGUCGUUUCUCCCCCCCGCACACACCGUAUCUGGAAGAAUAUUUCUUCGGAUUUUUCUUUUGAGAAGUGACCCAACAUGGCAAACUAAAAAGAAAAAAUGAUGCACCAACGCAAAGAUCAUCCGUCAGUCGCAAGCAGCGAAAGCCGCCGUCGUCGCCGUCGCCCCCUUACCCGCUCGGGGCAGCAGGACCGUACCGAAACGGUCGCAGAGUUGGGAGUUGUUUGUUUUGCAGUGGAAGUACUGAGUUUUACCGAUGGAGAAGAAUCGCUUUGUGAAUCAGAACGUUGCCAAGGGGCAGCUUUCUGAUGGGAAGAAGAAUCAAGAUGUAUCCACCAAGUGGCCUCGCCAAUCGAAACGUCGCAGUGAUCAACCGGAUACCGGUAACCAUCGUAACGGGAACGGUGGCAGCAGCAGCAGUGGUCGAGCACCGAACGCUAACAAAAACCGUAAUCCAAGCAACUACAACUAUGAAGCUAGGCAACGCCCUGCUAGCCAACGGUCGGCGAAGCCACCGGAACAGCAGGGCGCGUCUGGCGCCGCCGGCCGGUACGAUGAGGAAGAAGAUGAAGAGUUCGAGGUCGGUCGAGCCACCGGACUAGGGUUGAGCGGUAAGCCGAACCCGCCGACACGCGCCGGCGGGGGUGAAUUGCAUUCGGUGUUUUCGCCUGGUUCGAAAAAGCAAAGCCUGAACCACUUGCUAAACUUCCACUAUGCGCCGCGCGACCGCGACCAACCGGCACGAUUCAGCCGCUCGGGGAACGUCCGCAGGACGCAGUACGCCUCGCAGCAUAGGUACAACAAGGAGCAGUUCCUGCAGGCCAACUGUCAGUUUGUGGUACGGGCGGGUGAGGAUUACGGUUUGUUUCAAGCUUCACCCGAUCAGCUGGUGGAUUGGGCAAAGAUCGAGCAGAUCCACGUGCUGAGCGCCGAGGAGCCGCAGUGCCCGAUCUGUCUGUACCCACCGGUGGCCGCCAAGAUGACAAAGUGUGGCCAUGUGUACUGCUGGCCGUGCAUCCUGCACUAUCUCGCCCUGUCCGAUAAGGCUUGGCGCAAGUGUCCAAUCUGUUACGAUGCAAUCCAUCUACCGGAUUUACGUUCGGCCGUUUCGAAGCCGUUCCAUGCGUACGGCACGGGCGAGUACGUAACGCUGCAGCUCAUGAGACGCGAAAAAGGUAGCAUGGCGGUCGUCGAGGUAACGGAUGAACCUUUGCCUACUGGGAGCGACCAUACGAUUCCGCACUUUGACGCGAACGGAGGAAACAGCAUCUUGACGAAGCUGCUGCUAACCGAUACGGCGCAGAUGUUGAGCAUUAUGGAUCGCGAGAAGGCCGAACUGGAGAAUCAGAUAGUGGCCGAUGGGGGUGUUGAAUCGCCGGAGAACAUGUUUGUGCAGCAAGCGCUAGAUCUGUUGGCUGAGCGUCGCAAUACGAUAGCUACGGGCGAACGGAUUGUGUUCGCUGUUCGUAAACCGACGACGACUUCAGCGAAUACGCCCGCUACCCCAUCGCCAUCUAGUGACGAUGGUGAUAGUGUCUCGCAGGAUGGGUCCGAAGAUUCGAACGGUGGUAUAGGAACAGGCGACACAAACACGAAAGCCGCAGCAUCGUCGUCGAUCGAUUUCCUGAUCGACGAGGAGAAUAAUUUCUCCGUCAGUGACAUCGACAUCGUCCCGACGGCACAGUGUGCCGGUAACUAUUACUAUUUCUACCAAUCGAUCGAUGGCCAGCCGCUGUUUCUGCACUCGAUCAAUAGCCGCAUGCUGCAGACCAUGUACGGUAGUCUUGAGCGUGCUCCGCGCCGCAUCACUGGCCGUGUCGUGCAGAAAGAUGCCUGCUCGAUGGACGAGACACUGCGUCGUCGUUUAAAGUACCUUCAACAUCUGCCCGUCUGCACCCAGUUCGAGGUGGUGGAGCUUGAUUUUGGUUUACCAACUGCUGGCACUGAUGAGGCUGCUAUCGUAUCGACGGAGGUGCUGGCUGCGUUCAACGACGAGCUGUCCGUAAGACGCCGUAACCGCGAGCGUCGUGAACGGGAGGAACGAAAGCGCGAAAAGAAGAUUUUCGAAUUCAACGAACGGCAGCUCGGUAAGGCUAUGGCACGGUCCGCACGCAUAUCCAUCGAUUCAACGAAACACUUUCCUAUGUGCGGAAGUGCGGAUUCCUAUGAUGCUACUCCCUCGCUCAGCGGGACCAGCCCCGGCGCAAGUAGCGACAUUUCAAGCUCACCUCCGGGAACCAGCGCUCCUGGACUUUCCUCUUGGUCAAAGAUGGUUGCUACACAACCAGCCAGUAGCAGUCAGCAGCAACAUCAGCGUUGGCCGGCCCUUGGAAGCCAGUCAGCCAGUGUGCCGGUACCGACACAGAAGGUAACACAGGUUACUGGCAGCCGUAUGACCGUAACCAGUGUAAGCACCCGUACCGGUUGGAACCAUCUGCCGGUAUCCGAAGAUGACGAGGAAGACAACGAGGAUACGCUGGCCGCACGGGCUCCACGGUUCAACAAUAGUCUGGGUAGCGCGAUCGAAGCAGCCCUCGAGAAAGCAUCUAGCAAACAGAAGCAACAUAAGAAACCAGGAAACGUCAUCAAAAACCAGCAGGUUCAAGAUUUGCAGCCUGCUGCUGAUAAUGGCGGUGGACGAGCUGCAGCGGGUGGUGGUUGUGCUGGGAAACGCAAGAAAGGCAAAAAGAUCUUACUGGUCGCUUCGGGUGUGAAUCUGAAUUAGAAUCCACUGCUUACUGUCUUAUCGUUUUUCAUUUCCGGUUUACCUCCGUUCUAAAUUGUGAAUUAUCGCUCCGAUUGAGCCGCGUUUACAGCGAUUAUGUUCAGCUAUAUGUUCUUCUUUUUUUUUUCACCAAGCGGAACGGUGCACACGAUCGCGAAAUAAAAUUUCGGAUCGCCUCGCAACCUUUCCGCAUGUUCGUUCGUGCGUGUUUGGUUUUUUAAAUGUUAUAUUCAUGUUUCUACCACAAACAAAGAGAUACAAAAAUGAUAUGUACGCCUAAUCAGAAUAAUGAAUACAAAGUAUAUGCUAUCAGCAACGAA